AUGUUUCCUGGAUUGGUGAACAGAUUCGGGAAUGCAAUUGAUCAACUGACCACCACACAAGGAUAUGAUGCUGAUGUAGGGUUAUCGCCAGACGGCGAAAAAAUGGUUUUCACAUCUGUACGCACUGGCGAUCCCGAAAUAUGGAUUAUGGACUCGAAUCUCACCCAGACACAGGUUCUCGCACCCAUAUUAACUCAGAUCUCCUUAUCUCAUUAUAUUAUAUGA